AUGGUAUCAGCAGAAUUCGAAGAAAAAGCAAAUACAGUUUCAAAUUUAAAAACUAGACCAAAUGAUGAUGAAUUAUUAAAAUUAUAUGGAUUAUAUAAACAAGCUACUAUUGGUGAUAAUACAACUCAAAAACCUGGUACUUUUGAUUUUAAAGGAAAAUAUAAAUGGCAAAGUUGGAAAGAUUUAGAAGGUACUUCACAAGAAGAAGCUGAACAAAAAUAUAUUGAAUUAGUUAAUGAAUUAAUUGAAAAAUAUAAUUAG